AUGGCACACCCGGUGUUGGUAUCGUCGAAGAUGUGCACGAACCACUCCCACCAGGACAUCCAUCAUAUCGAGAGGAAGAUGUUGAGGAUGAGGAAAGGGGGGUGGAGUGUUGAUGGUAUGAAUGCGAGUGACUUUGAGGACGUCGCUGGUCGUUAUGGUGGUCGUUUGAUGCUCGUUAGUGAAGGGGGAGAGGACGGGGCAACGAAAGUGUGGUGGAUGUCCGAGAGGGAAGCUGUUGUCGUGAUUGUUGUUGGCGUGAUAGAGUCCAAGGAGUUCGUGAAGAAGGCGUUAGGAGAGCGUCAAGGAGUCGUAACUGAGGGUCGUCGUAGAAGCGAGGGCUGCGAAACUAGCUCCGUUGAGCCUUUAUAA